CCGUGGAUUGCCACCUUCCAUGGAAAGCGCGAAUGAUGAAAAAUCAGAAACUGUAGGUAGUUCCGUUCUAGAGAGUCCCUGGUUUCUCUCCAUCUCCUGCUUUCCCGAAGUUUCCCCCGAAAAAGGUAAAACAGAAAAGCAAACAAAACAAUGAGCCGCUUGAACUCCUCGAUUCGGCGAGCUUAACGGGUAUAAAUACCACCCCCGAGCCCAACCCACUUCCUCACAUCUGCGCAAGAACGGUUCUUGAGGUCAAAGAGAUCAGAGAAAUCAGGCAGUUUCAGAAUUCGGGUAGUGGGAUAUUGCUGAGGGUUGAGAUGGCGGGCACCGCUGGUCAGGUCAUUCGCUGCAAAGCUGCGGUGUCGUGGGAAGCUGGAAAGCCGCUUGUGAUGGAAGAAGUGGAGGUGGCUCCUCCGCAGGCGAUGGAGGUCCGGAUCAAGAUCCUCUUCACCUCCCUUUGCCACACCGAUGUUUAUUUCUGGGAAGCCAAGGGACAAACCCCAGUGUUUCCCCGCAUUUUUGGUCAUGAAGCAUCAGGGAUUGUGGAAAGUGUCGGUGAAGGCGUGACAGAACUUCAACCUGGUGAUCAUGUCCUUCCUGUGUUCACUGGAGAAUGCAAGGAGUGCCCGCAUUGUAAAUCCGAGGAGAGCAAUAUGUGUGACCUGCUCAGGAUAAACACGGAUCGGGGAGUUAUGCUUAAUGAUAACAAGUCGAGGUUCUCGAUCAACGGGAAGCCCAUUUACCAUUUUGUUGGCACUUCGACCUUCAGUGAGUACACCGUGGUUCACGUUGGCUGUGUUGCCAAGAUCAACCCUGCAGCCCCGCUUGACAAAGUCUGUGUGCUCAGCUGCGGUAUCUCCACAGGUCUUGGUGCCACCCUGAAUGUUGCGAAGCCAAAGAAGGGGCAAUCGGUAGCCAUUUUUGGACUUGGAGCUGUCGGCCUUGCUGCAGCUGAAGGGGCUAGAAUGUCGGGAGCUUCAAGGAUUAUUGGAGUUGAUCUGAACCCAAACAGAUUCGAUGAAGCCAAGAAAUUUGGAGUCACCGAGUUUGUGAAUCCCAAGGACCACAGCAAACCUGUUCAAGAGGUGAUUGCUGAAAUGACCAAUGGUGGUGUUGAUCGAAGUGUUGAGUGCACUGGAAAUAUCAAUGCCAUGAUCUCUGCAUUCGAAUGUGUUCAUGAUGGAUGGGGGGUUGCUGUUCUCGUCGGCGUCCCUAACAAAGAUGAUGCAUUCAAGACCCAUCCGAUGAAUCUCUUGAAUGAGAGGACUCUCAAGGGCACUUUCUUUGGCAACUUCAAGCCAAGGACUGACCUUCCCUCUGUUGUAGAGAAGUACAUGAAUAAGGAACUUGAGCUGGAGAAGUUCAUUACACACGAGGUUCCUUUCUCGGAGAUCAACAAGGCCUUCGACUACAUGCUUCAAGGCGCCGGCCUUCGCUGCCUAAUCCGCAUGGGCGAGUAGAAUCACUGAGGGUACGGAGCAUGGUCGCUUCGCUUCGGGGAGAGAGGCCAACUUUUCUUGCAUUUGAGGUUUCUUGCUGCAUCGUUUUUAUCUGCCCGUGUCUUGAGGCAGAAGAGUGAUUUCAUAAAUGAGUCUUUGCUGCUGUAAAUGGUUUAUUAGUAACUAAUGAGUGGAUUAUUUUGUGUUCUAUCGUCAGAAAGAUAUGGAGAUUCAUAUGGUUCUUUGUUA